GCUGCGAGUGGGAGACGUUGACGGAAGUGUCCUUUUUCCCACCGUUUCUUUUAUUUUUAUUUUUAAAAACUUGUUCAGAGCCGGAGUGAAGGGCCGCUCCGUAGAUGGCCAGCUUUCCUCCGAGUGUUAACGAGAAGCUCAUCGGAAGAUCACGGACAGUGGGAGAACUCUUAGCUCCGGCUUCUCCUUUUGAUAAGAAGUGUGGACGUGAAAACUGGACAGUUGCUUUUGCUCCAGAUGGCUCCUACUUCGCUUGGUCACAAGGCCAUCGCAUAGUAAAGCUUGUCCCCUGGUCUCAGUGCCUUAAGAACUUUUCAUUGCAUGGUGUAAAAAAUUUUGCCAACUUAAGUCAUUCCAAGCUUUCAAGGCAGAACAGUGAUGGCGACCAGAAAAAUAAGCCCUGUGAGCAAGUCAUAGAUUGUGGUGACAUAGUCUGGAGUCUUGCUUUUGGAUCAUCAGUACCUGAGAAACAGAGUCGUUGUGUGAAUAUAGAAUGGCACCGGUUCAGAUUUGGCCAAGACCAGCUUCUGCUAGCAACAGGCUUAGCCAAUGGACGUAUCAAAAUAUGGGAUGCCUAUACAGGGAAGCUCCUCCUUAACUUAAUGGACCAUACUGAAGUUGUCAGACACUUGACCUUUGCCCCUGAUGGCAGCCUGAUAUUAGUUUCGGCCUCAAGAGACAAAACAUUACGAGUGUGGGACCUAAAAGAUGACGGAAAUAUGAUGAAAGUAUUAAGAGGACACCCAAACUGGGUGUAUAGCUGUGCUUUUUCUCCUGAUUCUUCUAUCCUCUGCUCCGUGGGUGCCAAUAAAACAGUAUUGCUUUGGGAUAUGGAUAAAUACACCCUCAUCCGAAAGCUGGAGGGGCACCACAACGAUGUUGUAGCCUGUGAGUUUUCCCCUGAUGGAGCCUUGCUGGCUACUGCAUCUUAUGACACCCGCGUAUAUGUCUGGGACCCCCAUAUUGGGGCGAUACUGAUGGAGUUCGGGCAUCUGUUUCCCCCUCCAACUCCAAUAUUUGCUGGAGGAGCAAAUGACCGUUGGGUCAGAUCCGUAUCUUUCAGUCAUGACGGACUGCAUAUUGCAACCCUUGCUGAUGAUAAGCUGGUUCGUUUCUGGAGAAUUGAUGAGGAUUACCCUGUGCAAGUUGCGCCUUUAAAGAAUGGACUUUGCUGUGCCUUUUCUACUGAUGGCAGUGUUUUAGCUGCUGGAACACAGGAUGGAAGUGUGUAUUUCUGGACCUCUCCCAAACACAUUCCCAGCCUCCAGCAUUUGUGUCGCAUGGCAAUCAGACAGGUUAUGCCUACAAAAAAAGUGGAGAACUUGCCUGUUCCCUCAGCCAUCAUCUCUUUCCUUUCCUACCGGAGUUAGAGAAACAAUCGUGAAAUAAUAAAAAGCACCAGGCUUUUUAAAGCCUUUGAGCUUCAAUCAUCCACAGGUUUUGACGUUGCUGUGAUUUAUUUCCUGAAAAAAAGAUAAACAAGAUCCCAAAUACUGACCACACUGAAUUUCUAAAGGUAUUAUUUAUAGAAAAACAACAGAGUAGGUGUGUUUUCCGAAGUUGUGAGAUAGCUUUUUCAAAAGAAAGAAGCUCUAACUGUGAAACCUUGUACAUAAUUGGAUGUAAGCUGCUAUGUGCUAUCCAUGUAUAUCUUUUGUUAUUGCUUUUUUUAACUGUAGUAUGUAGCGUGCAUGCACAGACAGGAGUCCAUGUGUAUAUAAGUGUGUGCAUGUGGGUAUAUUCACAGUAUAAAAGCCUCUUAAGAUUCACCAGUGUUUGCUUCUUUUCCCCAGAUGUAAGAACCGUUAUGUCAACAAUGCACAAUACAUCAAACACGUACAUUAAUGUGUCUGUUGUCUCUGGAGCCACCAGCAAAUCGGUGCUGUGUAAAAUAGGACAGUAAUUCUCAUGUUUGGAACAUUGAGCUACAUAAAUGCUGGCAAAAUCUUGAGAGGCUUUUUGUCCUGUGCUUUGGGUAGGCCAUACAAAGCUGGCCCUGCUUUUUCAUCUUACAAGGUAGAAGCAGGGAAUUUUUCAACACAUACAAGUGUGAGCAAUGGGGCACAGGUUGGACAGUUCAUUUAGCAGGGAUAUCUCCUCCAAGGAGGCCUUAAUUUUGCAGCAAAAGUUUGUUUUGGGAACGUGGGAACUUUUGAAUUCCUGCCUGAUGACUUCCAAUAAAUGAGCUAUCCACAGGCUCUUUUUUUUUAUUCCAUUAUCCUGUGAGGCUUUGUCAUAUCAAGGCAUAAUACUGGGUGAACUACCAAAGACAAACAACUUAGUGUUUCUUUGCUUUUGCCUUCAGUUUAUCUGGACGUGCAGAUAGAAAGAAUGUAUGCAUUGCUUAAAAUGCCUGACUAUAUUUUGUUUGAAUUUUUAUAUAUAUAUUAAAUAAUUGUACAGAAA